GCCAGGCGGCCACGAUGACGUCCAAAUCAGGGGUAAGAAAAUGUACCAACGGACAGUGGAGAUAUUGGAAGAAACGAAAACUAUUUGGCCACUUGCAUCAAGCUGGCUGAAAGGACUAAGAAAGUGGUUCGAGCAGGACCCAAAUGCUAACGGGGCGCCUUUCCAAGGGGCUACUAUGGACCAUGCUGGCAACGGAAAAUGUCCAACUUGUACCCACCUCGGUCAACGCCGCCGUCCUUUGUCGAAAACGCAGCAGCUAUGACAGAGAACGGUCCUGCGAUGCUUCCUCCUUUGCAGCAAACACAGUCCGGUUAUGCGAACCAACCUCCCUCGCUUCCACCUUUGUCACCCUAUGUCCAUCCCCAGCAACUGCCUAGCCAGCAGGCUCAGCAACAACAAGCUUACCAGGCCAAUCAAUAUCAACUACCACAGUCUUACCAACAACUCCAUCGUAAGGCCCAGCAGCAAGACGCCUACCAAGCGCAGCACCUCCAGCAACCACCUCAGCAGUCCCCCCAGCAGCACGAAGGCUUCCACGCUCUCUACCAGGCAUCCCAGCAUCAGACGCCAAUGAUACAAUCUUACCAUCCCCAGACAUACAUGCAAGAUUGCAACCCUAUGCCCAUUGGAGAUGACGGGUACGACUUUCAUCUCGAACAAAUGAUCAGCACACAUUGGAACACACCAAACGGUCCGUCAGCGCUUUAUGAUUACUCAAUGGGUGGUGGGCAGCCUCCAUUAUGAGCUCCCGACCGCAUACAACACCGAAAGAAAACUUAGAAGUAAAUUUCAUGCCGAGUCUCCAACCAACUCCUUGCUACACCAGCGGAUCGGGGGCACCCGAAGAUCUACACUACGACAUGUAUUUAUAAUAUAUUCUCGAUACUGGGAAUCGCACUAGUGCGCAAUAUUUCACUUUGUAUAUCUGACAGUCAUUUCUGGACACCGAGACUUCAUCGGGCAGGCCCGAUGAAGUAUUUUA